AUGCGAACGGUUCUUCUCUUGUCUGCAGUGGCGGUAUAUGCUGGAAACAGCGGUAUCCGUUGGGCGAAAGGUAGUAGCGGGGGUGACAGCGGGAGCGUGUUAUCGGAGAAGACGACCCCGUGUUCUUCGCUCAAGUUUGUCACAGCCAGCUCCUCUCAAACAACGAAGAACGUCUGCAGAUCUAUAUGCGGGGGACCGUGUCCUUCGUUCAUUCCCGACGUGAAGCGUGACCUAUACCAUCCUGUGUCGCACACAACGAAGAGUCAGAAAUGUACUGAGAACGCGGUCGAGACGUUGUGCAUCAUAGACGAGGAGGCGUUACAGCCUUCGGAGUCGGACGUGUUGUCGGCCUGGAUCACAGGACACCACAUUCGGGAAGGCCAUCGUCGCGUAGUUGGACACGGUCUCAGUAGCGCGGGGACCGCCGGCGAUCAAGACUCCAGUAGUGACGACCAGGAUGACACCGCCAGCGUGCGCAGUGCCGCAACCGCCCGUAGCUCCAUGAGUCUGUCCGGCGUCCUCGCAGCCGAACCCGCCAUUGUGGUCCCAGAGGGUGCCUGGAAAGAGCCCGAACUCUUCUUCACUAAAGUCGGCGCCGUCCGCCCGCAAAUGGAGGUCAAACUAUCCACCUACCUCGGGAAACCCCUCAAGGCCGGAUCCUCCGACGAAACUGUCAUUCAGGCCUACUACUACAUGCAGAAACAGGCAGCCCCCAACGACAUCAUCGAGUUCGUCGACUCCGCCAAAACCGGCAACGCGGCUUCAGACCUCGUCCCAACUCUCUUACUGGUACCGCUCCUCUGCCUCCUAGCCUGA